AUGGAUAAAGAUGACAUGUUUAAAAAGUUAUUUAACGCAUUUAUAAAAGCUAAUCCAAGCGGUCAAAAACAAAAAAUUCAGCAUGAUUGUGUUAGUUUCUGGAAUUCAAUCAAGACUGCACCUGAUUUUGUCCGCUUGUACAACGCAAAGAAAGCUGAACUAGAGGGUACUACUAGGAAGCGAUUAAUUUCGUCUUUUUUCUUGUCAAAAAACGAGAACAUUCCUUCCAAUUUAAAGUCAAAUGACAGCUCUUGUGGAAUAAUAAAUUCUUGUUCUUCAACUUUUUCUGCCGUUCCAUCAACUGCAAGCUGUUCAAAGUUAACUGUUUCGAAUGACAAAUGUCCAGCUCAGAAGCAACUCACGGAAGAACUGAAUAUUAUUAACGCAGAUCUAGUAGGCUUAAUGGCACGCGACAAUAUGCGCAUACUCACAGCUAAGCAGAAAGAAGAAAUGGACACUAAGAAGGCGCGUAAACGACAAAUUGAAAAGGAUAUAAUUAAAAAAAAAGCUAAUCAAGAGCGUCAGAAGAAAUUUCGUAUUGACAAGAAAGAAAUACUGCAAAAAGUUAUUGAAGAAAAUCCUGAACUUGCUAAGAAAUUAAAAACUAAAGAAAGUCCUGGGUGUCCGUCAAUAGUGAGUGAACAGUCCGAUUUGCUUAAAUCGAUAUUAGACAUUGCUGAAUUUGGCUGCUCGGCUGACGAACGAAGACGAAUGGAAACUUUGAGAUGCGUUAAAACUUUAGAUGAACUACAUAAGGAACUAUUGAAUAUGGGAAGACAUGUCAGCACAGUUCCAGUGAAAUUGAUUCGUGCUACAAAUGAUCUCCAUCGACAGCAUCCAGAUACUAAAUUUGCUACUGAUACUGUUCAUCAUCUUUGCGAGUUUGCUUCAUUUUUUGGUCCGGCAAAUACGACAGUCAUUAGUCAAGAUGACAAAUGUCGAGUACCUAUUGGCAUCACAGCAGCCAAAAUGCAAGCACCUAUGCUUAUGCAUAUGGAAUAUCGUGUAAGACUUCCAGAUCACGAUUGGGUUAUCGGCGAUCGGCAUAAGUUAAUACCAUCUGUAUACGCCGGCCUUGUAAUAUCUGAAAAAGGUUAUGGUGCAAAAGAAGCUGUAACAUACUCUGGUCCAACUUUCAUCUCAAUUCGAUCAGGAAAACAUUCUUCUUCAAAUGCAAUGAGUCAUGCAAGAGACUUCGAGAGAUUGAUGAAACUUUCUGAAUUUGGUACUAUAACGAAAACAAUGGAUCAAAAUGCAAAGCCAAUAUUCAUCUUUUUUGUUGAUGGAGGACCAGAUGAGAAUCCUAGAUAUCCACACACUAUUCAAUCCGCCAUCGGACAGUUUAAAAAGUACAAUUUAGAUGCAAUAUUUAUUGCUACAAAUGCGCCAGGUCGCAGCGCAUUUAAUCAGGUUGAACGUCGAAUGGCACCUUUAAGCAGAGAAUUAAGUGGGGUAAUUUUGCUGCAUGAUUUCUACGGAAGCCACCUUGAUAUCAAUGGUAAAACAAUUGAUGAGAAGCUAGAAAUUUUAAACUUUGAACAUGCAGUCAUUGCAGAAUACGUUUGCCCAGAAAGAUCCGAAAUCGAUUUAAUAGAUACAGUAUGCAUUGAUGAAAAAUGGAAAAUGAAUCAUAUUCGUUCUUCACAAUACUUUUUGCAAAUUUUGAAGUGCCAGGAUCGAACAUGCUGUACAGAGCCACGAAGCCCAUUUUUCAACUUUUUUCCUCAACGUUUUUUGCCAGCACCUUUGCCGCUAGUAUACAGUCCUUCUAUUUCAAUCGCAAAGUCAACUAAAGACGUAGGUAAAUUUAUGAGCUUAUUUCAAAAUGAAGCAUUUGCUAACCGUACACUCCCUUAUGAUUUUCACUGCCCAUCCGUUAGUAGUACAGUACCAACGAGAGUUUGUAUAGAUUGUGGAUUGUAUUGUGCUUCACUGGAAAUGUUGAAAUCUCACCGAAAGUCAAUCCACAAUCGUAUUGUCAAUACCAAGAAGAAGCCGAAGAAAAUCAUAAAAAAGCGGAAUGAAGAGUUGUUGGUACAGUUGGAUGAUGAUGUUGAAUGGAUGAAUAGGGAAAAUGUUGAAUGUAUUGAAGAAACAGAAGAAGAUGAGAAUCCUGUAAAUAAUGAAGUACCAAUAAUAUCUAUUCAAACUCAUUUGGAAAGUAUAUGGGAAAAAGAUUGUUGA